AUGGCGGAGGAAGCACAGUAUUCAUCGGGAACGGAGUCCGGAUCCCUCAAGCGCAAGUACGAAGACCAACCUUCCGACAGGCCCACCGGCUUCUCCGCGGGCCCCGCCACCGGCAUCGAGCUAGCGAAGCAGCGUGCUCAAGAAGUCGCCGCUCGCCUCCUCCUCAGCGGUGGUCCUCCUCCACCCGUCGACGCUAAGCGUCCCAAACCCGAUAAUGGUGCUCCUACAUCUGGCUUCGAUUCUUUCGAUGCGAAGCCUCAGUAUUCGUCCGUUCCUCCUGUCUCCUACAGUCAUCAAGGCACAAGCAAGAAGAUUGAUAUCCCGAACGGUAGGGUUGGCGUGAUUAUUGGCAAAAGUGGAGAGACCAUUAAGUAUCUCCAGUUGCAGUCUGGUGCCAAAAUUCAAGUUACCCGCGAUAUGGACGCUGACCCUAAUUCUACUACUAGGACCGUUGAGCUUAUGGGUACUACUGAGGCAAUUGCGUCUGCUGAGAAACUCAUUAAUGAAGUUCUUGCUGAGGCUGAAUCCGGGGGUUCUGGCAUUGUUGCUCGGAGGCUGACUGGACAAGCUGGGUCCGAUGAAUUUGUCAUGAAAAUCCCAAAUAAUAAGGUUGGCCUUAUAAUUGGUAAAGGAGGAGAAACUAUAAAGAAUAUGCAAGCUUCUACUGGAGCUAGGAUUCAGGUCAUACCUCUCCAUCUUCCCCCAGGUGACACAUCAACUGAAAGAACAUUAAAAAUUGAUGGGACUUCUGAGCAAAUCGAGUCUGCAAAGCAGUUGGUUAAUCAAGUCAUCAGUGGUGAGGGAGAAAAUAACUUGCUAAACUAUGUGAUGAUUCCACGUUAG